AAUGAGAGAAACUUGCGUCGUGUUUUAUACGGCUGUUGGACUCACCGGCGCAAUUAACAAGUGUAAAAGUCAUUUUAGGAUUCUCAUUUUCUUGCUGCCGUUGCAGAGUUGCCCCCCGCCCCAGUCGUGCGGUUUGUAAGAGUUUUGUCCAGCGGGCACUGAACAAUGGAUAACGUGCAGGCUGCUGCAGCGAUCGAUGUGAAGAGCACACUCGCUCUCAUCAAACCCGACGCCAUCGAGAACGCCAACGAAAUUGAAGAUAUCAUUCUGCGAUCUGGGUUCACCAUUCUUCAGAAAAGGAAAGUAUAUUUGAGUCCAGAGCUGUGCAGUGAAAUUUAUGCUGCACAUUAUGGAAAAAUAUUCUUUCCCAGUUUAACAGCAUUCAUGAGUUCAGGACCAACAAUUGCCAUGGUUAUUGCCAGAAAUCAAGCUGUAGCAUUCUGGAGGGAGUUGAUUGGACCUGCAAAUAGUGUAAAAGCUAAAGAAACUCAUCCGGGCAGUAUAAGAGCAAUAUAUGGGACGGAUGAGCUUAGGAAUGCCGUGCAUGGUAGCGAGACCUCUUCUGCAGCAGAGAGGGAAAUACGGUUAAUUUUUCCUAACACUACUGUUGACCAUAUUUCAAGCGCACAGGAUGCAAUAACAUACCUGAGCAGAUUUGUAAAUCCUACAUUGUUGUCUGGACUGACCGAACUCUGCAAACAAAAACCCACAGACCCUAUCGUAAGUACUGACUUGGCUUGCAGAUUGGUUGCUUGAAAACAAUCCAAACAAACCACACAUCCGUGAAGGUAUAGCAGAAGAGCAAUGAAAAUGGCUACUCUCACGGCCAGAAGGACAGGUGUUGGAAAAGCAAAGAGCACCUUUUUUAAAAAAAAUCAGGAAAAGUGUGCUACGACGAUAACUUAAUCACUGUAAACCACUGAUGAUUCAAGUUUUCAAAUGAUUCUGGACAAGGCUGUCAAACUUAUGCAUUAUAUGGUGUAACCCUUUACCUUGAAGUAGAUAACUUAUGAAAUCCUAGGGACUUGCAUAGAGAAUAAAGCUACAGGAUCCUACAGUUUUUAAACAAAUAAAAUCAAUGUUAAUAUGGAAAGUUGGAAAGGUAACACAAUGUACAAUAUAUUAGAGUAUAAGUUGUAAAUGUACAGAAUUAGCACAGUAAAUUUGGGUUAGCAGAUAAACUGUGCAUAAACAGCAGAAGCAGACAACACUGAUCCCAUGGAUCGCUCAGCAACCCAACAAGUGACAACAUAGAUCACUAAAUAUUGUUUAAAAUAUUGGCUUCAUCACAGGAGCUUUCAAAUCUUUACAUUGACGAUCUAGCCCCUGCCCUUUUUAAAGCCAUUCCAACUCAGACUGCCUCAUCAACUGAUCACCACCCAGUGGUUCAAUCACGUCCCCUGAGACAGUGUUGCACUGGAUUUCUGAGGCUGUAUUCUAGCACCGACUUACAGGUAUAGUUCCACCUCUUUUGCCGAUAGCUCCAUUAAGAUGGCACUUGUUCUAUAUUUCUAUGACCUCCUGCUCCAGGGCUGCACCAAGCAAGUACUGCUCAUAAAUAUCUGGAGCCCCAAAUCUCAUUUGCAGUAACAAUCCACAAAGCUUCUUCAGAGUCCGAACCGUCUCUGUAUGAAACAACUCCAGUAAUUUUUCCUGAGUCCUAACUACGGAGAGCUGCCAAACAGUUCCUGAGCCUUCAGUGAGUCCCCAGCAGCAUUUUAAGCAUGUGGAGCCAUAUUCUCCUAAUCCUUCUUUACCACUGACUAAAACGGAUUCUUGAACUGCUGUUCACUUACUCUCGUACUGAUUUUAGUAACAUGUUAAGGCCCUUGAAAUAAACACUGUCCUUGUUCCUGG